ACUUGUAAAACAUUGUCGUCGUCUCUUGCCAACACGUCUAGUUACGGCAGGGGAGCCUACUGCAUCUCUGAGAACACGCUAUUAGAGUUAUCCCACUAUGGCGCUCUCGGCGAUGAAUUCACAGAACAAGUUCCCAGUGUCUUCUGCAGAGGCAGCAGUGGUGGUGAAAGGCAAUCAUACUGAUAUCCAUUGUAGUGUCUUCGCUGAUCACAUCUACAUCAUUGUUACACAAUACUGCAAAAUUGGAUCCUUGGUGUGUGUAAGACCAGAAUCAGUUGCAGAUGAAGUGGGAGACCUGAUCCCAAUGUUUGACACAAAAAUAAUUUUUGGUCAAGAUCAGCCUCUGACACAUGUUAUGGCUAAACAUAUUGUCAUGGCUUUGAAGCCAAGCGUUCGAGUAUUACUAGCUCUGUCUUUAAAAGACACCACCCACGACACUUUGACAGCUAUCCUACCAACCAUUCAGUCUUGUGUGGCACAAGCUCAGGAACAUCUAGACCUCAGGCUAAUGGAUGCCAAUCUCCCAACAGUUGAUGCUGGUGUGAAUUUCUACUACAGGCCAGCAUUAGAGACAGUGUUUAUCACCAAGACAAUUCACUCCACCACUUCUGAGUCCAGGUCACUUCUUUUCACUGGUUGCUUAUCACAUGAAGGUGAUUGUAAUGGUGCAAGUGAAGCAGACUGAGGAGUGCUCACCAUUACAUUUUCCCUGCAGACACAUAUUUACUCAUCAUACAUGUUGCUGCAGUCUUUUUCAAAGCUCAGAUUUCCUGAGCGCACUGUUGGUAGUGGUUAUUUCUCACAAUGUUAUGGCACUCACUAUGGUUAAGGUGACUUCAGCUUUGAAGUGCUUUAUGGGGCACCUUUUUAUUUGUAUACUUAUGAACAACACUGAUUAUGAUAAACAUGAUCUUAUCAAACAUUACAGUGGCACUUACAGAGAACUGAUUCUCUUUGAAUAAUAAUAAUAAUAUAAAAUGUGGCUUUUUGUUACUAGUCUGGUGUAUGAAUUCUAGAUGGAGUAAACCAGUAAUUCUUACUUGAAGCAUUAUUCUUUUCGAGAUUUAAUAGAAUGUUGUAGGAUAUAUAACUAGGAACAGUAUUUCUGCAUCAGUUAUGUUAUAUUAAGCAUCUUGCCCUUAAAUUUCUAUUUCCCCAAUUAAUGUUGCUCCCCUUUGAUUAAAAUAUAUAAUCACCGUGGUACUUUGCUUGAGAGUUAUUUGUUUAUAAUGUUUUGUUUAUAUUUACCUUUCCUAUAGAUUUGUUAUUGAGACAAGCGCUUGUAAUGGUAUUCUUAAACAUGCAUUUUGUUGUCUUGAGGAGUCAGUGCAAUAGAACCAUGUACACCGUGAAUCUUUAAUAAUCAUCUGUAUUUUUACCAUGUAAGCAUGUGUGCAUAUGCAGGCACAUGAUACAGAUGAAGGAAUAAGAAUAUUAUUUUCAUUAAAACAAAGCCAAACAAACAUUCAAACUUCAAGCAACAUUUUUCACUGAGAAACAUUCACAAAAUUGUGAAGGCUUUCAGUAUAUAUAUCGCAACAUUUUUUUAUAUCUCCAUAGUCAGUGCAAUGUGUAUAUUGUACAUGCUAUACACACAAAAUAUAACAUUAUUAAAGAAAAAUACAGCACCUUAUAAGGCACAUGUCAGAUGGAAGAUAUUCUUAGAAAAUAUAAAUGCUGCAAGAAUCAAAUUUCAAAAUAACAAAGUGAUGACACAACAGAUUUUAAUCAGCAAGAUUGGAUCUAUUCACAUAAGCUUCUUGCUUUCCAGCAGAAACUUGUUUAAAAACAGAAUCAAAUAUGUACAAAACACUUGUUUUUCCCUUAAUAAGAGUAAUUUAGGCAGCAUCUCAACAUCUAUGCUUCAGACCUGUUUUGUAUUACCCACUGUGGUAUUUGGAUGCAUGACUGGCUUUGUUCUCUAAAUGGACAGUAAGGCUUGUGAUUCUGGAAUAAUGAUCUGCGAUUUCACAAGAGAAGCUUGAAGCAUGGUGAAGAGUCUGGUGCAAACUUCCAUGCAUCUAGAGAAGGACAAAGAAUCAGGUGUUUGGAUGCUCCCAAUCCCCUGCUUUCAAUUUUCUUUCUCCUGUCUACAAAAAAAGCGAGACUAUAGGCUCAGUGUGACCACAGCAGCAUGUCUUUCAGGAAAGAAGUUUAUCUGCUGACCUCAGAUGAAAAGAGGUAGAAAUGAAAGGCUUAGUAUUCUAAGCUGCUAAAAACAUAACUUUUGUCACACUGUGAUCUCUAGUAACAGCACAUAGCAGUGAUGAUUACAUCUGAACUUGCCAACAAAACAUUUAGAAUAUGAGGUAGAUUGUAAUAAAGUCAUUGUGUUUCUAGUGGAAAACGGUCUUCACUUAGAAUACACAUUUGAAUACACUGACAGCAUCUCAAAAAGGGGGGUGGGAUGGGGGAUGAAAGCAUUUCAGGAAGACUGGUAGUCUCUGUUCUUAAACAUUUUU